CAAGGGCUCCACCCCCUCGCCCCAGCGCUCUCCGAAACACCUCCUUCUUUCUCCAUAUUGUAUACUGGCAUCGAAGCCAAGGAGAUUCCAUUUUGCUCGAGGGCACGGCCAAAGCUUGUCAGCUGCGGCCAUGUUAAUGCGGGGCAGUCCCAUCUCUCUGAGGGGCGCAACAGCAAGGUCCUGGAAAACAGACGGGUAAAGGAAAAGAAGGUGAGAGGAGGCGUACGUCACGAGAGGUGCUGAGGGACUUGGGUUAACGGGAUGAAGCCGUCAGUAUCCCCGGGUACGAAGCGGACCCAGUCGAAUUCCUGAGUCACCGUCGGGAGGCGGCGGUGUAGGCCGCCAUAUUGAAGCCUGGCAAAGCGAAGCAAAAAAAGUUGCCAUAUUGGAUCUUCCCCAGCAUUGGUGCUGAAAAGGGGGAUAGGCUGGAGGGAGAGUCCAUGUACGCUUUGGGCAAGUGAUGCUAGGAUGGUUGCCAUGUCGUUAAUGGGCACUACUUUCCUCCAUUUCUGUGGAAGAAGUUGACAAUGGGUGAGGGGCGUCAGGUCGCUGGCCUUAGUUUACUGUGGUCCUGAGAAUACACGUGCCGACGGCCGUAUUUCUUAGCAAAUCGAAAUGGUCUUGGCUUGUUUCCGAGCAAGCUGAAGCCUUUCUUUCACCAUCUUUCUUAUGGGCACCCUGCUGUCGCCACUGUCCCACUGUGAUCCGGUGAUGUCCCCGUGGUCAUUAUGGUCUCGGGCGGCCCCGAUAAGGGAGGCGGAGUGUGCAGCAUGGAGGAGGGCCAACCACGCGGAAGUGACGCGAGGCGCCGCCAUGUCUUUUGAGGGCGGCGACGGCGCCGGGCCGGCCAUGCUGGCUACGGGCACGCUCCUCAAAUUGGUUGGCUGAGGACCCUCCGUCCAUCUCUGAGCUCCUUAGAGGAUACAAGACUUCCUCCAGCAGCUGAAAGGGUAGAGUCUCCCCUGGUCUUGGCCACUCUACUUUUAAACAACUAAUGCCAGAGAGCCCCCAGGCCUUGGCAGAGAAGUUGAGUUGCCCUCCUUGUAUUUGCCCAGUUCUCCUCCUCUUUACAGUGGGAGGACCCUCACACCCACUCACCCCCAUUACACUCUUUUCAAUCCUGUAACUACUCUAAGAUCUAGGACAGAGAGUUUAAUCCUGAUGUCCCAGAGAUGUGAAAGCCCUAGGCCUAGCACUGCCAGGCUGUGUGACCUUGGGCCAGUCAUUUCCCUGCCCUGAGCCUUGGUUUCCUCCUUCUGGUAGGUGAGACCCUGAGCACUUCUCAGUUCUAUUGGAUUUUGGAGUCAGGCAAACAGCAGAGUCAGCCCUGCUCUGACCCAUUUAACUUCUGGGACUCUGACCAAUGCCUUAGGCUGUCUGAGCCUCACUUUCUCCAUCUGAAUGUAAACCUUUCCUGAUAAGGAAGGCAAGAUGGCAUUUGGGAUUAAGAACAGGCUCUCCUCUCCAGCCCCUUUUACCUCAUCGAGAUACUGAAUCUCCCUAAGCCCUUGAUGUGCAACCAUGAAAUAGGGUAAUAACAGCCCCUGCCUCAUAGGGUUGGGGAGAAGGUAGCAUGAGAAUGGUGAUGAUCCAUUUGCAUCCCUGCCUGGCAUGUGGGAAGUGCAGGGUGAGUUUGCCAUGGGGUCUGUCAGGAAUGGUGCUGGUUGUGACCUCACUGUGUGUGGCUUCCAGCAAGGGCUUUGUACUCUAUGGGCCUUGGCUGUCUCAUUAGUGAGGUAACAGCUCCCACCUUAGUGGGUCAGGUGGGAGGUGAAAUGAGAGGUGUAGACUCCCUACACAGAGUCAGUGCUCAGCAAACACUGGUUCAUGUGAUUAUAAGUUGAAAAGGGCCUGCACAUUGAAAUCAAAUAACCCUGGCUGGACUAGAACCUUGCUUGAAUUCCUCCAAUGUUGGGGUGCCCCCUACCUCCCUGAGGAGGCUUCUUGGCUUCCCAGCAGUCCUGGUUUAACCACUUUGAUUUACAGGAAGAAGAAAAUGAGACACAGAGAGGGCCAGUCAGUGGUCCAAGGUCACACAGCAGGGCGUGGAUGGCGUCGGGGCGCCCCGAGGAGCUGUGGGAGGCGGUGGUGGGGGCCGCCGAGCGCUUCCGGGCCCGGACAGGCACGGAGCUGGUGCUGCUGACUGCCGCGCCGCCCCCGCCACCCCGCCCAGGCCCCUGUGCCUACGCGGCCCAUGGCCGUGGGGCCCUGGCUGAGGCUGCCCGCCGUUGCCUCCACGACAUCGCCCUGGCCCAUAGGGCUGCUGCUGCUGCCCGGCCCCCCGUGCCCCCGCCAGCACCACAGCCACCCAGCCCUGCUCGGAGUCCCCCUCGGCCUGCCCCGGCCAGGGAGGAUGACGAAGAAGACGAGGAGGAGCGGACAGAGACGGAGACCUCUGGGGAGCGGCUGGGUGUCAGCGAUGAUGGAGGGCUCUUUGUAAUGGACGAGGAUGCCACACUCCAGGACCUGCCCCCCUUCUGUGAGUCGGACCCUGAGAGCACAGAUGAUGGCAGCCUGAGCGAGGAGACCCCUGCUGGCCCCCCCGCCUACUCCGUGCCCCCGGCCUCAGCCCUGCCCACACAGCAGUAUGCCAAGUCCCUGCCUGUGUCCGUGCCCGUCUGGGCCUUCAAGGAGAAGAGGCCAGAAGCACGGUCAUCGGAUGAAGAGAAUGGGCCGCCCUCUUCGCCGGACCUGGACCGCAUCGCGGCGAGCAUGCGCGCGCUGGUGCUGCGGGAGGCCGAGGACACCCAGGUCUUCGGGGACCUGCCGCGGCCGCGGCUCAACACCAGCGACUUCCAGAAGCUGAAGCGGAAAUACUGAGGCCCAGGGAGAGCGCUUCCAGGCCCAGCGUCCGCCCCGCCCCACACUACACCCCUGCCCCGCCCCUGGGCCCGGCCAAUCCGAGUCAGACCCGGGACCGGCUUCUCAGGUUCCCGGGGUCCCAGGAUUGCCCCUUCCCCGCCAAUUCCCGCCGUCCUUCCAGCCCACGACCCCCUCUCGCGCCGAGGAGCGGGACCUAUCUAGUUUCCGGAUUGGGUCUGUCGCUGCAUUUUUUUUGCCCAGCGACAGAUUCUUUCGAUUAAGGGAUUGGCUCGCUCCCGGACCGGGGCGUGGCUAGUUUUAAGCCCUCAUAAGGGUCAACUGUCGUUUUCGCCCAGUGACCAGAGCUUCGCUCGCGCGGCAUUGGUUGAAAAAGAACAGCCAAGCCACAGGAUUGGGGAGUGGUAAGCCACUACAGCCUAGAGAGUAGGCAACUUCAUUUGAUUGGCUUGAACGCAAAGGGCUUGACCAAUCUCCCGGAGUCGCCAGCCCACCCUUCCUAGUUUGUCCCACCUGAUAGGCUCCAGCCCUCUGGGGGCGUGGCCAAACCCUCCUAACCCCAGGAUUGGCCUGCGGCCUUAAAUUUACGUUCUUUACACUACUGGGACUGGGGUCGCUUUUGACCGAGUCCUGACUAUGUGCCCCUCUACCCUCUCCCAGGGAUGGCCCAAUCCUGUCCCUGCGUCUGACACCCUCUUCGGUUCCAUCCCACAACAGCCUGCCAAUCGUAGUCCGUCCUUGCAGUCAGGACGGCACCAGCUCCCGCCCCUCUCCCUCCACCCCCACAGGUGCCUUAAAGGGCCCUUGUCCACCCGAGGUGGGGGGCAGGGGCCCUCGCUCUCCGGCCCUUGUGUGGGGAAGAGAGUCGUGGGUGGGGAUCGGGAGUUGGGAGCGGUGGUCUGAGAUUAAAAGAGUUUUACCUCUGACAAA